CCUACCCCCUCUUACAUUCUGUCUCUCUCUCUCAAAAAUGAAUGAACAUUAAAACAACUUUUUAAAGAAUGCUCGGUGGUGUUACUACAAGGUCAUAACGCCCCCCCCCCCCAGUGGGGCUCUCCAGGCUGCGAGCCACCCAAGGGCAGGGACUUUAUCUCCUUUGCUUCUGAAGCCCCCAGGCUGGCAUGGACCAGGGACACGGGCUGGCUGCUCAAGGAUAGCACUUCCCCUAAUAGCACAGGAGAACAUGGAAAGGGACCCCGCAUCUAAGAAGUUGGGAGAUAGAACGCAUGCCGCUCCCUCCCAGCAACUCACACCUGCUCUGUGAGAAGUCCUAAAGCCGAGAAGCCGAGGGACCGUAAUUAAACCAGCAGAAUCUAUUUGGCCACAGGAAACUGUUACUCCCAUAAGACUGAUUACAAACCCCACCAAGUGCUCCUUAUGGAGCACACUUUGAGAAAUGCUGACCCACAUGGAAGGAGUGAGUCACCGAGCGGCUGAGUGAGUGAAUGAUGACUUAAUUAAGUAUUGGGUGAAUGAAUGGAAGGAAGGAAGGGAGGGAAGAAAGCUGAAGGGAAGGAAGGAAGGAAGGAAAGCAGGUAGGGAGGGGGGAGGGAGGAAGCCUGGCUCUAAAUAUUGCUCCCUACUCCUAUCUCCCCAAAUUCACUCUGCCCUGCCUGGUGGUAAGGGGCUCAGACAGUGGGGGUGAAUCAGGAUCCUAAUGGGUGCUGCCCUAUUUAUACCUGGGUCUGUUUUAAAGGGAAAAUCCUGUUGUUUAUUUAAUGUGCUUCCUCCUUAGGCAAGGCUGGGGUAUGAUGAAAGACAUUCUAGCAUGAUCAUGACUCCUCCAGGGCCAUAGGGCAUAAAUGGGAUCUCAGGUCUGAGAAUAAGCCAGUGAACUGUAAAAGGACAAAAAAAAAAAAAAAAAGGUGGAAAAAGCAGGGAGGGAGGGAGAUUAUUCCCCCAAAGCAGUCCCAGGAUUUGCGUACGGAUCAUCUGGGAGGCAACCCUGGGAAGCACAACAGGAAUCGGGAAUUAAAACAAGGGUGGGAGAAGAGCCACUCAUGAGCAGGUUACUGCAGGGGACAACCGGGGAUGAUCCCACUGGGGACCCCCUAAGAGAGUGGAGAACACACCCCAGAACUGUCCUGCCUGGGGCAAGAAGCUGGGAGUUCUAUCCACCCACCCUCCUUGGCUGGUGCUAACACCCUGGGACUUGGAGCCUGUCCCACACACACCUGCAGCCCGAGAACAUUCUCAAGCGUGAGGCAUAAGGAGCCUUAGCUGGUGGCAUCCAAAGUGGGCUGGGGGUUAUGGGCUGGCACGCAGUGUCGGCUGCAGAGGGGUGUAGACGGCUGUGGGCACCACUGUCUCUGUUUCCCCAUUUGUUUAGGGGACGGGACAAGGACCGAGCCCGACCUCAGCUCUGCUCCACUGUAAGGAGGUGGCACAGCCCCAGCAACCCUCGGGUCUGAGCCCCUCAGAGCGACAAGCAAAGGCAGAGCCGGGCUGUGUGUGGCUUUCUCUUUUGCUAGCACAACUUCCUCUUCAGCUUCCUGACUGAGCAGUGGGGCAGGACGGAGGUGGGCCAGCCUGGGCCUGGCCUAGAAAGGCCCACACAGCUCUCCUCGGCACCUAGCCCCUCGGAGCCACCAUGAGCCAGCCCCAACACCCUGGGCCGGGUGAGGCUGCUCCAGAGACCCUCCUGGGUGACCUCAUCAGCUACUACCAAGAGGAGGCAGGGGCCGGCCGGCUCCGGGUCUGCAGGCAAGCAGCCCUCACCCACAGGGCCCGGCGGUUCUCCGACAUGGGGCCCCCCCUUCAGCUCUAUCCGCCUGAACUUGUGGCCUCCAAUCUGCGGGCCACUCACUCCCAGGGGGCACCCAGCCCUACCCAGCCUGUCUGCCAUGAACUGGUGCAGGCACUAGAGUUCCUGGAGCUAAUAUCUGUCAACCUACUUCUGUUUCCCUGGAGGAAGGAAAUCAGGUCCCUGAAGACAUACACUGGAAACUUUGCCUACCGGGUGCAGCCCGUGCUUUCUGAACAAACACUGCACACCAUUCUGGGCAGGCUGGGCUAUGUGGCCACCUCUGAGGCGGAGUUUUCGCUGGUCCAGGCCAUCAGCAAGGAGGACGCCGAGCAGAUGGUGUUUGAAAUCUUCCUGGCGAGAGUUACAUGUGAGGCCAUUCUGGGGACCUCGAGCAGGCAGGUCCUGGGACUGGGCAGAGAGAAACCCUACCGCAGGCGCAGCUCCAAGAGAAAGCUGGCGAAGGCCCACAACUGCCCCGAGGGGGCCCAGCCAGGCCCCCAAGAAGGGCUGGGAUCUGAGAGGGCCCUGGCUGAGGGCCCUGACCAUCAGAGCACUGUGCCAACGGCCCCGAGCCUGUCUGAGGUCUCAACAUCCCCCCGCACCCUCCGUGCCGGCCCCCAGCUCCCCCUGGACUCCCAGCGCCGUGCCAGCACACGCUCGGACAGUGAGGAGUUCUUGACCUGCUACAGUGACCUUGUUCUGCACCGGACACCCCUGUUCCCCAGGGACUUUCCCCUGCGCGGCCUGAAGGGAGACCAAGCCCAGGGCCCAGCCCUGGCUCCCAGCCCACCUGCAGGUGAAGCACUCACUUCCUUGGGCAGCAGCGGUGAGUGGUCCCUGGUCCCCAGUGCAGCUCCUGAGAGCAGAGUGGUCACCAUCCCCAGGCAGCCCCGGCUGACACCAGGCCCCCAGUUGUCAGGGAAACCCUUGGACCCAAAGCCAGAAGCACAGCCGGAGCCGACCGCCCCUGACGCAGACACUGUUCCUCCAAACACUUCCUCUGAGUUGAACGAGCUCUGUGAACACCUCUCCCACCUCCUCGGACCCCCAACUCUAGCAGACCAUCCUGGGGGCCUCCCAGGCCCUGGGGUUGAGGACACUAGACAAUCAGAACCUCUCACGGGGCCAGAGCCAGCCGCUGAGGCCGGGGGCCCAGACAGUAGGAUCACCCAACUCUGGAGGCCUACUCAGAACCCCCUCAUGUAUGAGGGCCCCCGACACUAUGUUCCCCCAGGGGAGCUGGAGGGGCCAGUUCUGACCCAAGAAUACCACCCAGACAAUAGCUAAAAAAUGUCACCCCUGGAUAAUACAGGGACAGAGACCCAGACUGCUCUUCCACCAGGGAAGCGACCCCUUGGAGAGGUGGCAGAUCUGGAACCCACAGCUUGUCAGGGGUAGGGAUCAAUCUGCUAAGCAAUCCAUCUGGUCUCAAGUCCCACCUACUGACUGUGUGACUUUGGGCCACUCGCUCCGGCUCUCUGAGCCUUGUUUCCUCACCUGUGUGGUCGGACCUGCUCACAGGAGGCUGGGAAGUGUCCGUGAGGUGAGGUGAGGUGUGCACAGUGCCCCUCGGUGCUUCCCUUGGCGGGGGGUGCUUCUGGUCCCUUCCCAUCCCCACUAAGUGUGUGACCCUGGGCAUCUCUGAGGGGCAGUUUCCUCCAGCAUCCUCAAGGGAACUGUCACAGGACAGGUGAAGAAAGCUGUGUAGAUAACUACACCCUUAAUGCGCUUAGACUACUCUGUCAGCCUCCCUGCUCUGUCUGCUAACUUCUGGUUAAUAGAGAACAAAAUCAUUCCCGGGAGCACAGGAUCACACGCGGGCUCUGCAUCCAUGGGUUGGGGGCUCCACUCAUCUGGGCUGCGGCGCCCCCCCCAGCCAUCUCUUGCCCCCACACAUGCACACGCACCUCACAAGUGGGCACAUCCAGAAGUGCUGCUCUUCCCACAGUAUUCCCACCCGCUCGCUCCAAGCAAAUGACCCCAUCUCUUUGUGAGCUAAAGCCAGAGAGGAUCCUGUCUGAACCAAGUCCUGUGACUUUCUUGCUCAAUUCUCCCCAGGGGCUCCCAAGGCCACACCAAGCCCCACAGGCCCCUCAUUAUCCUUUGAUCUCAUUUCCUGCCUCUUUCCCCCCAGCCUACUGCAGACAAGACAAACUGGCCUCUUAAGGGUUCUCAAACAAGCUAAGCCCACCCCUACCUCCCAGCCUCUGUGCAAACUGUUCCCUUUCCCCACUUCGCAUCCCGUCUCUAUCUUUCCUGUUAUUCACAACUCACCUUAAAUGUCACCUCCUGGAGAGGCCUUCCAUGGCCACCCAUCUAUCACAUCAACUUAAUUUUCUGCACAGACAUUUAAAUGUACUUAUUCAUUUUCCAUCCCCCCCCCGCCCUCCUAGAAUAUAAGCUCUUCGAGAAACUUCAUCUUGUCUCAUUCACCUCUGUUUCCAGGGAUCCAUCAAGUGAGUAGAAAACUUAGAAAAUACAGAUGGACAUAAAAACAAAAGCAGCAGUUACCAUAAUAUCCACACUGGGAGACACCCAAUGUUAGGAUGUUAACGCAAUUCCUUCUGGUCUUUUUUUUUCUAAAUUUGGGAUUGUAGUAUUUACAGUGUUGUCUUCUGCUUUUCUUUACCACAAAGGGAGUUAUUGUAACUAAUUUUAGAUUUAAAGAAAAGUUGUGAAAUAAGGCAAGGAAUUCCUUUGGAACCCUCACCUUGUGUCCCCUGAAAAUGACAUCUUAUAUAACUAGAGUAUGAUGAUCAAGAACAG